AUGGAUUUUCUUCAGUUGUUGCUGUACACUUCGACUGUUUGGACGGCGAUUCAACUGCUCAACAUGAAAGUUCUUCCACUGCUUCUGUGUCUGACUACAGUGAUCUGUGUUUCCGUGGCGUUUUCCAGCGGCCGAUCUCGGACGCCUCAGUGCGGCUAUGAUAGCUGUCCCAAGCUCGAUCCCUCGAGAAUCAACGUUCACAUCGUGCCGCACACGCACGACGACGUGGGAUGGCUCAAGACUGUGGAUCAGUACUACUAUGGGAGUCGCAGCAACAUCCAGAAGGCCGGCGUGCAGUACAUCCUGGACACUGUUGUGCAAGCUCUGCUCGCUGAUCCCGAACGUCGCUUCAUUUACGUGGAGUCGGCGUUCUUUUUCAAGUGGUGGCGCGAGCAGACGUCGGAUCUGCGAGAUAAGGUGAAGCAACUGGUGGAAGAGGGUCGCCUGGAGUUCAUUGGGGGCGCUUGGAGUAUGAAUGAUGAGGCUAUUGUCCACUACCAAUCCGUCAUAGAUCAGUUCACAUAUGGAUUGAAACGAUUGAAUGACACCUUUGGACAAUGUGCACGUCCACGCGUCGGCUGGCAAAUUGAUCCUUUUGGCCAUACUCGAGAAAUGGCAUCGCUUUUCGCUCAAAUGGGCUUUGAUGGGAUGUUCUUCGGGCGUCUGGAUUAUCAAGACAAGACACAGAGACUGCAGAAGAAGGAGGCGGAGAUGAUUUGGAGAGGAAGUGCAAAUUUAGGAGCGGCUUCUGAUCUCUUCACUGGCGUUUUGUACAAUAAUUAUGGCCCACCGCCUGGCUUUUGCUUUGACAUUCUGUGCUCAGAUGAACCAAUGAUAGAUGAUCCUGACAGUCAGGACUACAAUAUCGAUAGAAGACUGGAUUCAUUCUUCAAAUACGUUUCACAACAAUCCCGGAGUUAUCGUACAAGAAACAUCAUUAUCACGAGCGGAGGGGAUUUCACUUACAUGGACGCCAAUGUGUACUUUAAGAAUCUAGACAAACUCAUCAGAUACGCUAAUGAAGCGCAGAAGAAUGGAUCGGAUUUCAAUUUGGUUUACUCAACUCCAAGUUGCUAUCUUAAAUCCCUUCACGAUGCUCAGAUAACUUGGCCUACGAAGACUGAUGACUUCAUUCCUUAUGCUUCUGAUCUUCACUCCUUCUGGACUGGAUAUUACACAUCCAAGCCAGCCUUGAAGCGUCUAGAGAGAAUUGGAAAUAACUUUCUUCAGAUUUGCAAGCAAUUGACGACAUUUGCAGCGGAGAAAUCUGAGAAAUCCUUAAAAUCACACUUGGACUACUUCAGUGAAGUCAUGGGCAUCUUGCAGCAUCACGAUGCUGUCACAGGAACAUCCAAGGAGCACGUUACUAAGGACUAUACAGUCAAGAUUUCCUCAGCUUUGAACAAAUGUUCUGAUUCAGCGAAAAUCGUCCUGAAUCAGCUAUCGAAAGGAGAUACGUUUGACUUUGAUAGCUGUCUUCUGCUCAAUGUUUCGCACUGUGAAAUCUCCGAAACCAAGCAGAAGUUCAUGGUGACAGUUUACAACGCUUUGGCGCAAUCAACGAGUCACUACGUCAGAAUUCCUGUUAAUGAAAACUAUUCUUACGAAGUAAUUGAUCACAGAUCAGUUACAAUUUCACAUCAAAUUGUUUCUGUGCCGCCGCAAGUCACGGCUUUGCAUCCUGAGCAAGGAAGUGGCUGUGAAUUGGUGUUCUUGGCAACAGAAAUCCCGCCAGUGGGCUACAAAUCCUUCUUUAUCGUUCGCACUCCUUCGCAUGAAGAAUCUAGUGAUUCUCCGAAGAUUGCAUUUGAUCAGAUAAGUUCAGAUGGACUUCAGGAGUCGCCUAAAGACAGUGAUGUGGUUACAAUUGGGAAUAAGUACUUAAGUGUUGUGUUUGACGCAGAAGGACUCGUAAGCAGCAUUUCCUUGGCAGACGGAUCUAAGCACAAACUGAGUCAGAACUUCUUCUACUACGAAGGAGCCGACAGAGGCAAUGGGAUGGCGGGUAAUCGUAACUCAGGAGCCUAUGUCUUCAAACCGAAGAGUUCUGAGCGUCUCGUAGCGAAGCAGGUGAGCGUUAAGGUGAUCAAAGGUCCGCUAGUUGAGGAGGUGCAUCAGAUCUUUAACGACUGGGUUAGUCAGAUUGUUAGGGUCUAUCGAGACUACAACCACGUAGAAUUUGAAUGGUUGAUCAACACAAUUCCGGUUAAAGAUAGAAUUGGGAAGGAGAUUGUCUCGCGUUUUGUGUCUGACAUUGCGAGCUCUAGGACAUUCUAUACGGACUCCAAUGGCCGCGAAAUGAUACGUCGCGUGAGAAAUCAAAGGGAAACGUGGAAUUUGCUGCUUCAAGAGAAGAUAUCUGGAAACUACUAUCCUGUAACAACGAAUAUUGCAAUUGAGGAUCUAGAGAAGAGACUUUCCGUCCUCACGGAUCGCGCUCAGGGUGGCAGUAGUCUUCAAGAUGGCGCAGUUGAGUUAAUGGUGCAUCGUCGGUUGCUUCAUGAUGACGCUUUUGGCGUAGGUGAACCUCUCAAUGAUCCUAAUCCCAUCAGAGGAAAGCACUUCCUGCUCUUCGGGAAACUGGACAGUGUUCCGACUAUGGCGGCACGAGAGCGCUUUCUGCAGGCUGAGAAGCUCCUCUCGCCCUGGCUCUUCUUCAGUGACGCAUCCUCCUAUGAGUACGAAGACUGGCGUAAGAUCUCCAGCCAUCUCUGGUCCGGCAUGACUCUGUCUCUGCCUCAAAAUGUGAAGCUCCUGACUCUUGAGCCCUGGGAUGAGCAAAGCUUCCUCGUGCGCUUCGAACACAUCCUUGAGCACACAGACGAUCCGGAAUAUUCCAAGAGUGUCACCUUCAACUUCAAGGACGUCUUUGGAUUGAACUUCGAUAUCAACAAUAUUGAGGAAAUGACACUGGCUGGUAAUCAACGUCUUCAGGAGAAUAUCGAAAGUCGAUUCACGUUCAAGCCUGAUCAAGAGUCUGACAAUGCUUCUGUCUUUGGGAAGAAGAAGCGUCAAACAGCGGCCGAGGAGCUCCAAUUUAAUCCGGCUCAAAGGCUUCCAGAUGACAUCACAAAGUGGAACAUCACUUUAGAACCCAUGCAGAUCCGCACUUUUAUCCUACAUGUAAAUCCCUCUAUUAGGAACUCGGUUAAUAAUAAGUAA